AUGGCAGACGAAGGUGCCUCAUCCCGCGAACUCCUACUCGAAGCAUGUCGACGCAACAACACCGAUCUUCUCUCCACAGUCCUGUCCGACUUCAAGUCUACCGAGGAGACGGCAAACUUCCUCAACACUGCAACUGACGCUUUGGGCAGUGGAGCUCUGCACAUUGGCGCACAGUAUGGCUCCUACGAGGUUCUGGACAUGCUGCUGGAUCAGGAGGGUGUGGAGAUUGACGGUGUAGAGAGAAGAGAGGGAGAUACGUGUUUGCACAAGGCUGUCAGAUAUGUCAACAGUUUGAGCAAGGAGGAGUGGGAAGAGGGUCAGGCUAUUGUGGAAAUUUUGAUUGACGCUGGUUGCGAUCCUAGGAUACGCAACAAGGCCAAGCUGCGCCCUAUCGACCUCACAGACCCGCGCAACACCGAGGUCAGGAGUAUCUUACAAAAGGCAGAGUUUACUAUGCUGGCUGGUGAUGAUGUCGUACAAGAGGAUGAUGACGACGCUGGUGCUGGUAGUGCCAGUGACAGCGAUUAG